AAUUUUCCCAUUUCUCGACACUUUCAAAAUAGGUGUAAUAUUUCAUGAUGACAGCAAUGAAUCAGAAAUUGCAUUUCGUUAUGCAAUUAAACGGAUCAACAUGUACGAGUCGGGCUUUGAGUUGGAGCCAUUAAUACGAUAUGCGUCUUCGUAUGAUAGCUUCAAGACUGAACGGAUUGUUUGCGAAUUAAUCAAUGAAGGUGUGGCAGCAAUAUUUGGGCCAGGAACGACAGAAACAUCUGGUAUCGCAUCGUCUGUUUGUAAUACAGUCGAAGUUCCACACAUCAUAACACAUUGGGAGAGGGAAAAAGUUGGAAUGACUAAUGAAGAUUCGAGUCCAUUUACUUUAAAUCUUUAUCCAGACACUAAUGUGUUGUCGCGAGCAUAUGCUGAUCUUUUGAUUGAUUAUACUUGGAAGAGCUACACUAUAAUUUAUGAAGAUGAUGAUUCAUUGAUAAGACUCAAGGAUAUAUUGCAAAUUCAUGACCCUCAAAGCUCACCCGUUACUGUUCGACAAUUGGGUGAUGGACCAGAUUAUAGACCUCUCCUCAAACAAAUUCAAACAUCAGGCGAAAGUCAUAUAAUUCUCGAUGUCUCAAAUUUAGAUAAAAUAAUCACUUUAUUGCGUCAAGCGUCAGAAGUCAAAAUGAUGGAAGAAUAUCAGAGCUAUAUUAUUACAUCCCUUGACACCCACACUUUGGAUUUCGAGGAAUUGAAAUUUAUGCGAGCUAAUAUUACUGCGAUGCGUCUCAUCGACCCCUCAAGUUUCGAUCUUAUGAACGCAAUUCAUGAUUGGGAACUUGGUGAGCGUCAAUUUCAAAGGAUGUAUCGAAUAGCAGCGGAGAGUGUUAAAACAGAAACUGCCUUAUAUCAUGAUGCUGUAAGAUUAUUUGCAGCAGCUGUUCGUGAGCUUGAUGCUACUGAAGAGAUUGAGACGGAAAAGAUAGAUUGUAAGCAACCUCAACAAUGGGAACAUGGAAAGAGGAUUGCGGAAUACAUGAGACUUCGAACGGACAACGGUAUCACUGGUAGAAUAGUUUUUAAUGACGAUGGAAAGCGUUCUCACUUUCAACUGGAAAUAACAGAAUUAUCAAAGGAAGGAUUCAAGAAAAUUGGUACGUGGGAUCCGGAACAUCAUGUAAAUUACACGCGAACACUUGGUGAAGCAUACGAGCAGGUUAUUGAGGCAUUACAAAACAAAACAUUUAUCGUGGUGUCACGAAUCGCUGCACCGUUUUUAGAUUAUAGAAAAUCGGAAGAUGGAGAAGUGUUCGAAGGAAAUCAACGUCUUCAAGGUUAUUCCCUGGACUUGAUUGAUGCUAUUUCCAAAAUUCUUCACUUCAACUACCGCUUUGAAAUCGUUCCGGAUGGAAAAUAUGGUUCAUAUAAUAAAGUCACAAAGCAGUGGGACGGCUUGGUGAGACACCUUUUGGAUAGAAAGGCUGAUCUAGCAAUUUGCGAUCUAACCAUCACGUAUGAACGAAGAACUGCUGUUGAUUUUACAAUGCCAUUCAUGACGUUGGGCAUUAGCAUUCUAUUUUUGAAGCCAGUCAAACAAGAUCCAAAUUUGUUUUCAUUUUUAUCACCCCUGAGUGUUGAUGUUUGGGUUUUCAUGCUUGCUGCUUAUCUCGGCGUUUCGAUAUUGCUGUUUGUGCUGUCAAGAAUGGCUCCAGAUGACUGGGAAUCAUCACAUCCGUGUAAUCAAGAACCGGAAGAAUUGGAGAAUAUAUGGAAUAUGCACAAUUGUAUUUGGCUUACGAUGGGCAGUAUAAUGGGUCAGGGAUGUGAUAUCCUUCCUAAGGCAAUUUCAACUCGAAUCGUGGCUUGUAUGUGGUGGUUUUUUGCAUUGAUUAUGCUCGCCUCGUAUACAGCAAAUUUAGCGGCAUUUUUAACAAUGGAGAGAAUGGACGCAACAAUUAAUUCUGCUGAGGAUUUAGCGAAGCAGAGUAAAAUUAAAUAUGGCGCAGUUAAGGGCGGAAGUACAAUGAAAUUCUUUCAGGAAUCGAAUUUCUCUACAUAUCAGCGAAUGUGGGCAGCUAUGGAAUCAUCAAGACCGACAGUAUUUGUAAAUAACAAUGACGAAGGACGCGACAGAGUGUUGAAAGGAAAGCGUCAAUAUGCUUACUUGAUGGAGUCAACAAUGCUCGAAUAUUUCACAGAACGCUAUUGUGAUCUAGUUCAAAUAGGUGGUCUAUUGGACUCGAAAAGCUAUGGAAUAGCGCUUCCAUUGAAUUCACCAUAUCGUACGGCAAUUAGCGGUGCUGUUUUAAAGCUACAAGAGGAUGGAAAAUUGAGUGCUUUGAAGGAGAAAUGGUGGAAAGGAGGAAUGUGCAAAAAGCCCGAAUCUGGCGGCUCUGAUGAUGCUGCUGAAUUGGGAAUAGAUGCUGUUGGUGGUGUUUUUGUGGUUUUGGGUUUCGGAUGUCUUUUUGCACUAAUUGUUGCUAUCCUUGAAUUCCUAUGGAAUGUCAAAAAGGUCGCUGUUGAACAAAAGUUAACACCAUGGGAGGCAUUAAGGAGCGAAUUAUUAUUUGCCGUAAACAUCUGGAUCAUUACAAAGCCUGUUUGUAAUCGUCUAUCAGAAUCAGAGAGUCCAAAAUCGACGCCUCGCUCGCAAAAAUCAUCGAGAUAUGGCUCAGAAGCACAAAGCAGCAAGGAAAAAUCCGUGCACAGUGUCAAUCUAAAUAAUGAAAAAGUAAAUGGCUUUACAUCACGCAGUCUUUCACAUUUAAAUCGAAUUGGAAAUUUCUUUACUCGUAAAAACAAUUCCGAUUGAAAAGCGAGCGAGAAAAUCAAUUUGCAAUUACUUUAUGCUGGC